GGGAAGUCGAGGCAGCUGUGUUCAGGGAACACCAAAGCAGUCAAGACAAAGUGCCAGAGAAACUAAGUCCAGGAUGCAGAGAAAUAUGAUGAUCACACAUUGUCUCACCUUUCUUCAGAUGGUAUUCAUCUCAAGCCCUCAAGGAGCCCACAAACUGCAGGUUUAGAAUCCAAAGAACCUUCCUGCCAGUCGUCAACAUGCCAGAGUUUAACUGCUCCUCCGCUGCUCUUGGUGCCGGAGUUUUCAAUGACGUGGGCUGCCCCGAGGUUGCUUUGGUGUGCGGGAUGAAUAUCUCCUGGUUGUUGACUCAGGCUACUGCACAAGAUCUGGAUGACAUGUGCUUGAGCGAGAAGGACUACCUGGCCAUGUACCUGGGGCCUCCGAGGUCCCCUGUGUUCCUUCCCGUCUGUGUCAUCUACCUGACCAUCUUCAUUGUGGGUGUAUUGGGCAAUUCUCUGACCUGCACGGUCAUUUUGCGCCACAGGGUGAUGCAGACACCCACCAACUACUACCUGCUGAGCCUGUCGGCGUCUGACCUGCUGGUGCUGCUACUGGGCAUGCCAUUAGAGCUCUAUGAGAUGUGGCAGAACUACCCCUUCCUGCUCGGGGAGUGGGGUUGCUACUUCAAAACCUUCCUGCUUGAGACCGUCUGCUUCGCCUCCAUCCUCAAUGUCACCGCGCUCAGCGUGGAGCGCUACGUGGCGGUGUUGCACCCCCUCAAAGUCAAACACAUGACCACACGUGCUCAUGUCAAGAGGGUCAUCUUCAUGCUGUGGGUGCUGUCCAUGCUGUGUGCUGUGCCAAACACCAGUCUGCACGGGAUUAUGACGCUGCCUCCAAAGUUUGGACGACAGUUUCCCCGAUCUACUAUCUGCCAUGUGAUUAAACCCACCUGGAUCUACAACCUGAUUAUCCUGAUUUCUACGUUGACCUUCUUCCUGCUCCCCAUGCUGAUAAUAAGCAUUCUCUACCUGCUCAUUGGCUUGGGGCUGAGAAGGGAGCGGAUGAUGACAGUAGUGGACACCAGCUUUGGACCGGAAACUCUCUCCAGGUCCCACAAGCAAAAACUGAGGAAACGCAAUCUGCAAGUCACCAAAAUGCUGUGUGUGCUGGUGGUUGUGUUCGGCCUUUGCUGGGCUCCCUUCCAUGCGGACCGCUUGAUGUGGAGCUACAUCGACCCCUCGUCCGAGCACCACCUCCAGGUCUUCGAGCACGUCCACAUCGUCUCCGGAGUCUGCUUCUACCUGAGCUCUGCCAUAAACCCCAUCCUCUACAACCUCAUGUCCACAAAGUUCAGAGAAAUGUUCAGUCACGUUACUUGUUAUUCUAAAGGCUGGCCAGCGCGCUCCAGCUUAAAGAUGAGCCAUCGCAGCACCUUAAGCGAGAAAAUUCCCAAUAGUACGAAAUCUACUUAGUCUGGACCAAAGGUCCAAGAACAUUAUACACCGAUGGAUGACAAAUUAAAGGAAAAAUGACAGGAGAAAUGCAUGUAAUACAGGAAAUACGGGGGGUUUAAUGAGCCUGCAAAUGGUGUGAAUUGUAUGUUAUGGCCUACACAGUUGCCAGAUCUCAUUCGAAGUAGCUACCACAGUCAUCAUCACCCCAAUUGAGGGAAUUCCUUUUGGAAGAAUGUAGUUAAUCCCUCCUCCAUCGGUAUAUUUCCCUUCCACGACAUCUGCAUUCUCCCGAUGUCACAGUAUCAGUCGAGAAUCGCUGGCAGCUACGGGCAUGGAUGUUUUCUCUCUUCUCCUGACUACGUUCAGUGAUUGACAGAUGGUAUUUUGACUGUGAGAAACUAUCUGGCUGAUCAGGUUAUCUGUACAUAUAUUAUCUUCAUAUGGGAAAGGUCCCUAAAUGGAAGGAUAUAACUCUUUAAGUGGAAGACGAUGUCACAUGAAGGGGAACAGAUGGUAUACCCAAAAUCGAUUGAACCAUGUGACAAAAGGCAAGGUGGCAAGACUUAAGAGAAAAAAUAAGCAUCGUUGCUGCACAGUCUGCUACUGGAUCUGGAAGUCCUCCAGAUUUCAGAAAUAUCCACAGUAACUCAAAUCCCAUUCAUAGAGAGAACCAAUAAGACUGAGUGAAGUGAAAAAUGAUGACGUGGAGCUACAUUGACCUUUCUGACGUCAAUGUUUUAGAUGAACAAUGAAAUUAUCAUUUAAAUGAUACAACAGCAUUUGUAUGCAUGAGAAAUACAUCCCAUCGACUGUCUCAAAGGUAAAUCCUUUCUAUCAGUGUGUUUGUGUACGGUGGCACAGCGGUUAACGCUGACGCCUCGCAGCAAGAUUGUUCUGGGUUUGAAUUCUGUCUGUGUGGAGUUUGCAUGCCCUCCCUGAACGCCUGAAUGUGUAUAGCUAAUGGGUGCAGGAUCGUGAAUGUAUUUAUUGCGGGUGACUGUUGAUGAGCGUAACAUUUCCAGGAGGACCUGUUAACACGCUUUCACAGCAAAGAAUCAAUGCACAAUGGCUUCUGUUUAAAAGGAAGAACAUUUGUCUCGGAAUGAGUCGGGGGGGGAAAUGAAAGUCAAUUAAGUGAAGCAGGGAAAUAAACACGGGGCAAUGGUUUGUUUAUCGAAUUUAUAACAAGUGGCAAAGCUGAUAAGUCAGGUGCUUUACAAGUAUUUCCAUGCAUAUUUCUUUAACCACUCUUUUUUGCACUUACAUAAAAUGUAUAGUAUUACUAAUUCUACUUUUUGUUCUUCUUCAGGCUGUGAGAUGUUUGAAUUCAUCUACCACACUCCACAGUUUUGUGUGUGCGUGUGUGUGUGUGUGUGAGUGUGUGUGUGUAUUUUCUCAUGUAGCAGAUGGGACAUUAAACUGCAUUUUGUUGUGGAGAACAAAAAAUGAACCUUGAAAUGUUGUUUAAAGCUUAAUUAACGAAAUUAUCACUUUAGAAAUACUGCCAGGUUGAAAAGGCCACCGGCAUUUAUUGCUCUCCAAAGUGUUAUUGUUGUUUCAUGUGUUGAAUUAAUUGCUUUAACAUUUAGCAAAUUGUAUUGAAAACAGUACCUGUAUGUAGGACAUGUGAAUCAUCAACUCUUUUAUCAAUGUGCAGUACCUAAUGCAGUAUUCUCUACUAUUUAAUGAAAGCAUGCAGAACAUUUGUUCUUUUUCUCAGCGUGUAUACCCUUGAAAUAGAAUAUACGAUUAAAUGA